CAGUUCGAGCGGCGAUGCCACAGAACACCCUAACCCCCUGAAUUCUUACCCAAAACCCUAAUCGCGUCGCCGUCCAUCCGAAGCGCCCUACCAUCUCCCAUCGGAUCAGCUCCCGCUGAGGAUGAGGAAUGCGUGGAGGAAUCUCUCGCUGCGAAGCCUCCCUUGGAUCGCUUCCCGCGGCCCCAGCGUUAGCCCUCCCAACCUCCUGGUGAAGGUUCCGGAACCCAAAAACCCUUCCUUUCUCCUCCCGUUUGUCGGCAGGAUUCGCUCUCCGUCGUACCUUGGAAUCCGCUGGUUCUCGCCGGAUCCGGCCGGUUCGGAUGAGAUCAAAGCAGAGUUGGAGUCCCUCGACCUCUCGUUCGACCGGGAGACCAUGGAUUUGGUGCUUCGGGAUCUCAAGUGCGUGCAUUCCGCUUCGGAGGAUGGACGCGUCAAGCUGAAUUCAGAAUCCUACAAUCGAAUGCUUCAAACCCUUGGAAACAAUGGGCGGUCAGAGGAAUUCUGGCGUGUUGUUGGGACCAUGAGAAAGAAAGGCUUUGGGAUCUCUAAAGCCACCUACUUGUCCGUCUCAAAGAGUUUUCGCGAGGAGAAAAUGGAGAAAGAUGUCAAUUUGUUGAAUGAAGCCUACUCUCUGAGCACUGGUAGAAACGAGGCUGAAACGGCGUGUCAGGAAAUUUGCAAGAUCUUGAGGGAAGAGGAACCAGGUGAAAUCCUUCAAAAGAAGCUGGAUGAUAUCGAUGACAGCUUGUUAUCCGAGUUGGUCGGUGUGGUCUUGGAGUUGACUACCGAGCACCCUGAGAAAGCUUUGCUGUUGAUGGAGCAGGUAGAAAAGAGGUCGUCCUUGAAGAUUGAUGGCGGUGUUUAUAAUGCUAUGGCCAGGAUUUUGGGUCGAAAAGAUUGCAUCAAUGAGUUUCAGGAUCUCCUUCGGAAGAUGAGAGAUCAGGGUCAUGAAUUGGAGUUGAAAACAUAUAUCAAAGUGUCACACUGGUUUCACCAGCGAAAGAUGAUUGCAGAAGUGGCAGAUUUGUAUGAGUUUGCGAUGAGUGGUACAGUGAAGCCUCCACCUCAGGAUUUCUUGUUCCUCUUGAAGAAGAUAGUUUUGAGUAAAGAUCUAGAUUUGGAUUUGAUUACCCGGGUUGUCCGCAUUUUUGUGGAAGAUGGAAAUUCCAUCAAGAGAUCAGUUUUUGGUGGAGUUCUUAAAUCCUUGAGGAGCGUUGGUAGAUUGGGGGAGUGUGAUAAGGUCUUAGCGGCCAUGGAACAGGGAGGAUUUGCGGCUGAUAGUUCUGUACAUGAUCGGGUAGUCAUCGGACUUUGUGAUGCUGGGAGGUCGGAUGGAGCCUUCAAAUACUUGGACAAUAUUGAAAAUGAAGGCUAUAGUUUGGAUGUGAAGACAUGGACAUAUUUGGUCAAAAAACAUUCGGUGGCUGGCGAACUAGAACAAGCAUUGUCUUGCUUCAAGGUGAUGACAGAAAGAAGGGGUGGUGAAAAUGUUGGUUGUGCCUUUGAGGAGCUGAUGAAAGGAUAUUGCCAGAAGGACAAAAUAAAAGAUGCACACAAGGUUCUAAAUGAGAUGGUAACUAAAAGAAAUGUACAGCCUUGGCACAGCACCUACAAGUUUCUAAUUGAAAUGUUCAUAAAUCAAGGGUACCUUAAGGAAUCUUUUAGUCUUCUGGAACCGAUGAAAAGUCAUGGUUUUCCUCCGUAUAUUGACCCGUAUAUAAGUUAUCUGUCAAAGUUAGGGACCGUGGAUGAUGCAAUGGGUUUUCUGAAGGCUAUGACGGUGAAGGAGUUUCCUUCUAGAACGGUGUUCAUGCGCGUUUUUGAAACACUACUCAAAGCAGGCAGGCAUGACGUGGCGCAUGGUAUACUUUCUAAAUCUCCAGGAUCCGUCCGUAAUCAUGCUGAUGUCUUGGAUCUGUUCUACUCAAUGAAACCAGACGAUGCUUCUGCAGUCAUUGCUUAGACCAUCCAUGGAAUUCAAAAAUUGUUGUGCUUCCUACAACAGCUAUCCAUCUUUUGAUUUAUGCAGUAAAACUUACUUGAGGAUGAUAAAUUGGCCACGAAUAAUGCCAAUAUUUAUAACCAGUUCCUCUGAAGACUUCAAUUUCAUAGACUCGAAGGGAUGAUUGCCGACGCUGAUAUUCAGGCUGCUAUCCUCCCAAGUUAUGAACUGUUUGUUUUAAUUAGCUGAUUUUUGAAGUUUGAGCACCCUCUUCUUUCACAUAUUGGUUAGGUUAUAAUGGUAAAUUGACAUCUUAUCAUAUUUAAACUGCAUUUGAUGGGCCUAUGUGCCAUGCGUAUUUAGUCGAUUUUUUAUUUUUAUUUU